AUGACAUCAAACCAACAAGCGACAUCAAAUGGUUGGGUCACUGAACAGCAACAACCUGCAAAUGCCUCAAAUGCAUCCUCUGGAUGGUCUACAAAUGCUGCCACCAAGCCACCAUCUUCUGUUCCAUACGGCCAACCUUCCACUCGACCUGCAAGCUCAAACUUCAACCGCUCAACAAGCUCGGCCAAUAGUAAUGAUUCCUGGCCACAGCAACGCAGCGGCAGCCACGAUGAUAAUCGUAGUGGUGGUAGCAGCAACUUGACUCGCUCCUCAAACGACCCACAGAAAACCGGUUGGUAUCCUGUACACACGCCAAGCAAUCCAAGUAACUACAACGACAGGAACCAAGACCAGCGCCAUGGAUGGGACAAAAGUCAUGAUAGUAGCUCUGGACGAUCAUCAUAUAAUGGUAACACCAACAAAAGUUUCAACAACAAUACCUCACGACCAUUCGAUAACGCCAAUCUAGGUGAUCGACGAGUACCAAAUAGAACUACCGGCAACAAUAAAAGGUCUACACCACCGCCACGAGACAGCAACUGGAACCCAUCAGCCCAGAGUCAACAAAUACGAGACAACAAUGGAUGGUCCGAUGGAAACACCAGUGCAGGAUGGGUGACUGACACGUCAGACGCCAACAAUAGCAACCAGACGUCAUGGGGUUCCACUACGAUUGGAUAUGAGACACCUCAACAAUCGACCUCAUCUUCAUCAUGGGGAGAACCUCCCGCUUCCCAACAAUCCACCUCGUCUUCGUCAUGGGGAGAACCUCCUGCUUCACAACCUACUGAGCAAGAAGUGAAUCCUUGGGACAGUCAUUCCACCUCGAUGACUGACUGGGCAGCGCAGAGUAAAAAGUGGGAAGAUGAAAGGGAGAAGAAGCUAAGGAGCUUGCGACCAAAAUUCGAAUUUGCUGAACGUGAUGCACGUGCUGAAGCAAAGAUAUUUGGAGAUUCUCAAACCAGUGGAAACCGAUUUAACGAUUUGGACGUACCUGUUGAAGUUAUUGGUGUCAAUAUCCCUGGACCUAUUGCAACUUUUCAAACAGCCAAUCUCUUUUGGCUCUUGCAAGAGAAUGUCACUCUUUGCAAAUAUGAAAUUCCUACCCCCGUCCAGAAGCAUGCUAUCCCAAUUAUCAUGAAUGGACGAGACUUGACCGCUUCUGCUCAAACGGGAUCUGGUAAGACUGCGGCAUUCCUCAUUCCAAUCUUGGAUGUGGUAUUGCGUGGAGGUCCUUGUGAUGUCGUGCCUAUCAUCCAGGCAAGCAUGGUCGUAUUCAAUGAUGAUAAGUUGCAACUCGUUCAUCCGUUGAUUCUCAUUUUGGAGCCAACUAGAGAACUCGCACAGCAAGUAUAUUUGGAGCUCAAGAAGUUUUCUUAUCGUUCUUGGAUUCGUUCAAGGAUUGUGUAUGGAGGUACUCCACUUGAUGAACAAGUCCGACGACUGCAAGGUCUUGGAGUUGACUUGCUCAUCGCCACACCUGGUCGUCUUCAAGACCUCAUUGAUCGUGGCAUCAUCUCUAUGAAGAAGUUGCGCUGUCUUGUUCUGGACGAAGCAGAUCGUAUGCUAGAUAUGGGCUUUUUGCCAGCCAUUCGCGCUCUCACAUCAACAGAUAUGCCUACACCUUCUGAAGGACGUCAGACAGUCUUGCUAUCUGCUACGUUUCCUCCACGGGUUGAGCAACUCGUUCGAGAGUUCCAAGCUGAUGAUCCAAUUCGCUUGAAGGUUGGAGUCGUUGGCCAUCUCGCGUCAACUGUAUCUCAAUCUAUGAUCAAAACAUCCAAAAACGAAAAGGAUAGAACACUUUUACGAAUACUUGACCAAAGUCCUCCUUCUCCCACUCAAUCAACUUUGAUAUUCGUUGACUCCAAACACAAGGCUGAUGAAUUGACAGUCUUUUUGCAACGACACUUGCCCUUGACUACUUCGAUAGUAUGUAUGAGAGGUGGAAUGGAUCAAUGGCAACGUGAAUCUGCCUUGUCAAAAUUCAAAAGUCGUGAAGCCUCUGUUUUGAUUGCAACGGCUGUAGCAUCACGAGGUUUGGAUAUUCCAAGUGUUGAGCACGUCGUCAACUAUGACUUGCCACAAGAUGCUGAUGAUUAUGUUCAUCGAUGUGGUCGUACGGGUCGCGCUGGCAACAGUGGCAGAGCAACAACUCUGUUCACUUUUGGUCGAGACGAAGUGUCUCUCGCUGCACUCAUCCGCAAAGGCACCAUCUCGAUGGCACAAAUUCGAGAAUGGUUGGGAGGGGAUGUCGCAAUCUCGAUUCAACAUGAGAUUGACAAUCCACGUCCGCCACCUGUAUACCCGAAAAAGGGUGCAUCUUUCUUUGUUUGA